AUGGGAAAUAAACGAGUUAAGGCGACUUCGGACGGCGAGGGCCACCGAAGCCGCAAGUCCCGAGGUCCACGGAACCUGCGCAACUCCGCCGCCCCAAGAGAGAGAGAGAGAGAGCAAGCACUUUGUCAGUUUGGCCCCGAUGUGGAAAACGGAAGACGACAACGACUGGUGGGAGGACGGGAGCAACUUUUGAAGAAGGGGAUUUUGGAUGAUGAGGCUAUCGUGGAUGGAGUCGUACCUGAGUGA